UCAGUUGGCAACACUUCAUCCGGGUCUUCUCGCCAUUAGUACGUUCCGUGAAAAUUUGUUGCAAAUUAUUGGCCGAAGUCGUUGCGAUUUGCGCUUCGCAUUCUUUUCGAUCGUGAAAACUUCAAACUCGUAUGUCCAUCCAGAAUCUUAGCACAUUUGAUCCCUUUGCUGAUGCAGCAGGUAGGGAUGAAGGAGUGCAAGAUGGACUAGUUCAUAUCAGAAUCCAGCAGCGCAAUGGUCGUAAGACCCUGACCACCGUGCAGGGGCUCUCUGCUGACUAUGACCUGAAGAAGAUAGUGCGGGCUUGCAAGAAGGAGUUUGCCUGCAACGGCACGGUAGUCGAGCAUCCCGAGUACGGCGAGGUGUUGCAGAUGCAGGGGGACCAGCGUGAGAAUAUCUGUCAGUUCCUCACAAAGGUUGGGCUUGUCAAGAGCGAUCAAAUCAAAGUGCACGGCUUCUAGUUCACCAUCUCCGCAUCGUCUGCUCGUCCUCACACUCCCAGUGUUGCCACGGCUGCACAACACAACGUACACAGGCUACGCAACAACCCUUCACCUUGCCAUCUAAAAUAUUGCAUGCCAUUCUUUUUAGUUGUCGGUCGAGUCUGCGUGUUUGCAGGUCAGCAGUCUGCAGCGCUCGCCAACUUCGGUUCCUUGUCCUAUCUUCCUGUUCUACUACACCCUGCUACCAAAAUACUAACGCGUUAAUUUUAGAUCUGAGGAUAAUUUUUUAACUAUCAGACGUCGCAAGUUUGUUAGGCUGGGAUGUUUGUCUGCUCAGGCAUAUUAAUUUCAUUAUUUAUUCACAACAAAACUGCCUUGCCGUCGAGGCGCAGCAAAUUUUGAUCAUGUUCCUAAUUAAUUGUUUAAUUUUAUCGAAGUGCGGCUGUUCCACACGCCGCACGAUGGUCACGUGAGUUCAAGAGGGUUUAUGGGGCGGGGCUCGUUGCCAUGAUUUUAGCCACUGUCUCUUGACUCAUAUCAAAGAUGCAAUAGAAUAAAAGUUAACAAAGA